CCCCUUCAGCUUGAGAAUGAAACUGAUUUUAUUACAGACGGCUCUAAAGCUCCUCGCCUGUGAUAAGGUUUGCCCUGCUGUGUUUGUCCUCUCAGGGGUCAAGAGUCUUGUUGUAAUUCUCCACAAAGCAGAGUGAGCGGUCCAGCUGAGACAUGAGGAAUAACUGACUGCAUUGGAGUGAAAGAAAGACUAAUGAAGAAUGACCAGCAACCAGGAAUCAUCAGCGGACAAACAGGAAACAGAGUUUGGGAGUCCUGCCCUUUCCAAACAGAGGAGGAUCAUCUACUUCUCCAGCGGUGAGACCAUGGAGGAGGAAGACAGCGAGGAGGAAGAGGAGCGGUCAUCAGACAGGCCUUCCAUCAGAGAGCCUGCAGAGAAGUCUAGGCUGUCGUUCAGGAAUGUGGCUCUUCUGGUUGGGAGGAUUUCCCUGCUGACAUGUGAUUUCCUUGGAGAGAGACUGGCCGGGGCCCUCGGACUGAAAGCAGCCAAAUACCAGUACGCCAUCGACCAACAUCACCGAGACCACAAGACAAAAAGCAACGGGGCGUCAGAGGACCUGAUGGAGGGAGGGGGGGAGAAGAUCUGCCUCUCCACCGGACCGGAGGGGAGUCAUUACGGAGCUGCGGGAGAGGAGCGAUGCCCGGCUGGUUCUCAGGAGAGAUGUGAUCAGAAACAAGAGGACACGAGGGAAGGGUGUUACAACAGAGCAUAUCAAGCAGAGGAGCUUCAACUGAAAUAAAACUAAGAAGGGAAAAGCAGAGGGAUGAGGGCGGUGGGGGGGUGAAGAGAACGUUUUUAAAUGUACUUUGUUACGUUCCACCACUGGCUAUUUACAACAAGUGGAUAGAAAACAUCUAAAAUACACAUUGUGUUGCUGAUUUUAUUAAGAUUGCCAUUUUUGUAAGUAUUGUCAUUUUGUGUUUAAGUGUUAUACUCAGGGGGUUUGUCUUGUAAAUACCCAAAAUAAUUUGACAAACUUAUUUUUAAGGCACAACAGCUGGUAUACCAAAGUGAAACCCAAUGCUACGGUGGAAGAAGUUUCCCUUUUUCCUGAAGUAAAAUUACCAAUACUAAAUUGUAAACAUACUCCAUUAAAGUAAAAUUCCUGCAUUCAAAAUCUUGCUUGAGUAAAAUGUCAUAAGUAUUAGCAUCAACGUAUACUUAAAGUACCACAAGUAAAAGUACUUAUUGUGCUUAAUAGCCCCUUUCAGAAUCAUGUAAUAAAUGACUGUCACAGAU